UGUGAGCCAGAGACCUUGUAACCAUGGCCAUGGAGCCGGGUUUGUACAUGCGCAUAGCUCAAGCAGACGGAAGAAUUCACAAGGCCGUAUGAGAUCAUCAUUAGCAUGUCAAAGAAGCUUGAACUCUGGCACAGCGCCACUAUUACAAUGGUCACUUUAGGUUUUUUCCCCUCUUCCACUCCAUUUGCUCAUCUUCUGCGUCACGUCUGCGAAUCCUGGUCAAGUUUCAACCUUUCAGAUUGAACUGCUUCCGAGUCGCUGGAUGGGUGUGAUCGAAAUUCAGGGAGCUCCAUCGGCCUGCUUUGCUGUUUCGGAGGCCAAUCUUCGAAAGUUUCAGUCUUUGAAGAAACCCAAUUGGUCAGUGGGAAGGGUGAAGUGUGUUCAGGCCUCAACUGCAGCAGUGGACGAGCCCAGGAAGAGGGUUAUGGGGGACUCUUUUAUCCGUCCUCAUCUUAGGCAAUUGUCCGCUUAUCAACCCAUUUUGCCCUUUGAGGUGUUGUCUGCUCAGCUAGGAAGAAAACCUGAGGAUAUCGUCAAGUUAGACGCCAAUGAGAACCCAUAUGGUCCACCUCCUGAGGUUUUUGAAGCAUUGGGAAAUAUGAAGUUCCCAUACGUCUAUCCUGACCCAGAAAGUCGAAGACUUCGUGAGGCUCUUGCUGAAGACUCUGGUCUGGAGUCUGAUUACAUUCUCGUGGGCUGUGGCUGUGACGAACUUAUCGAUUUGAUAAUGAGAUGUGUGCUGGAUCCUGGGGAGAAGAUCAUAGAUUGUCCUCCGACCUUCUCAAUGUAUGUGUUUGAUGCCGCUGUUAAUGGAGCAGGUGUCAUAAAAGUUCCGAGAAACCCGGAUUUCAGCUUGAACGUGAAUGGCAUUGCUGAAGCUGUGGAGUUAGAAAAGCCGAAAUGCAUUUUCCUGACUUCUCCUAACAAUCCAGAUGGAAGUAUCAUCAGUGACGAAGAUCUAUUGAAGAUCCUAGAGAUGCCGAUACUGGUUGUUCUGGACGAGGCAUACAUUGAAUUCUCAGGGCUUGAAUCAAAGAUGAAAUGGGUGAAAAAGCACGAUAAUCUGAUCGUUCUCCGGACAUUUAGCAAGAGAGCUGGACUGGCGGGGCUGCGUGUGGGAUAUGGAGCGUUUCCUCAGAGCAUAAUAGAGUACAUGUGGAGAGCAAAACAGCCAUACAACGUAUCAGUUGCUGGGGAAGUUGCUGCUCUUGCCGCUCUCUCCAACCCCACCUACUUGGAGGAUGUGAGAGAUGCGCUGGUGCGGGAACGAGAACGGCUAUUCCAACUACUGAAAGAGGUUCCUUUCCUCUCCCCAUUCCCAUCCCACUCCAAUUUCAUCCUCUGUGAGGUUACUUCUGGCAUGGACGCCAAGCAGCUCAAGGAGGAUCUGGCGAAAAUGGGAGUGAUGAUUCGACAUUACAACAGCAAAGAACUGAAGGGUUAUGUUCGUGUUUCUGCCGGCAAACCCCAACACACUGAUGCUCUCAUGGAUUCUCUCAAACGCUUUUACUGAAACAGUCAUCCCAUUUUUAUUCUCAAACCCCAACACUCUUCCCUCUUCGUUUUAGCCCAUUUUCCUAUUUAAUGUCCAUUAACAAUGUUUUCAAUGGUUCUGGGCCUUCUUUGUAAGCCCCCGUUUAUGUAAUGCCUAAUUUAGUUUUAUGUUCCAUUGAUAAGAUUACUAUUGUUGGGCC